GUUCUUUUUACAGACGCAGUGACAUAUUGUGCCGAAUCGAAAGCGAUUCUCAUUGAUUCUUUCCAAAUAGCUUAUCAUCGCGCCAAUCAUUCAGUCACAUUCUCAUUUUCACUCGCAUCUGUCGAAAGCAAUUUAAACGUUUCUGCGAAUAUAUAUCUGAACGUUUAUGGGAUACAGGCUGUUAAUCAAACUUUGGAUUUGUGUUCUUAUUUCGCCGGGGUUAUUUGUCCUUUACCUCAAGUGAACUUUACUGGCUACGGCACUUAUCCCAUACCUCUCAAAUACACUUCCAAACUUCCCUCCAUCGCCUGGCAUGUCCCCAAUAUCGAAGCCUACGCUCGUGUCGAACUCCUCCGUCAAGGUUCCAACGAAAUCGCCGCAUGUCUCCAAGCGACUCUUUCCAAUGGCUGGUCCACACGGCAACCUGUCGUGAUGUGGGUUUCCGGCAUAUUCACUCUCCUCGCUCUGCUAGUGGCAUUAUUCCACACCAUCCUCGCCAAUUCCCCAUCACCAGCACAAUACCGAUGGUUCGAUAUCCUUUACCUAUUCCAAUCGGCAGGUGCGACCGGUCUCAUGCAUCUCAACUACCCUAGCGUCUACUCGGCGUUUACUCAGAAUUUCCAUUGGGCAUUGGGAUUGCUUUCGUCAAGCGGUGAACAGAGCAGUAUCGACAAAUUACGCAUGAAAACAGGAGGACAUCUAACCUCUGAAGCAUAUUCCGACGUUCAAUACAUCGACCGUCAAUUAUCACCCUAUAACACUUUUGUCGUUGAUAUUAACGACGCUUUCCAGUCGACCUCUUCCCUCAAGUCCUUCAUUGCCGAGAAUUCUUUCAAACCUCGAGAGAUUAUUCCUUCCUUAGACAGUCGAGCCAUGAUUCCAUCCACUAUAGAUCAAAAUGCCACGACGGAUCUAGACACCGGUAUCCCUGUUUAUGUCAACACACUCAAUAUCCCUUCAGCCAACGCAUUCGACACGGCGUUCUUCGUUUUCCUUUCCCUGUGCGCAAUUUUCAUUGCCACUCAUGCUCUUUUAUUUCUGAUCGUCUUCCUCGUCGAACGUUUUCGUCCCAAAACUACCUGGGCUGUAAGAUUACGAAACAUGUGGUGGGAUUUUUGCUUUGGGAAUACUCUUCGUCUCUGUCUCCUCGCUUUUCUGCCAAUAUGGAUCUUCGGGUUCUUACAAUUCAAAACUGGUGAUUCGGGAUUAUCCAUCUUUCUCGCAGUUCUAGCCAUCCUUCUCACUUUGGUUCCUCUCACCAUCACCGUCUACCUUUCUUUCCUCCGAGAUCGUCGACCAUCUUCAACAGCACCAGACAUCUCCGCGUUGUAUACAAAUUACAAAUGGUUCCAUUCCGCUGGAGUUCUUUACCGACCCUAUCGACAAACAUAUCAUUUCUUCUGGUUCGCACCUUUGGUACUCGCCAUGAUUGUCCGUGCCGCUUUCACAGCAUUGGGGCCUACUUCCGCUUGGGUCCAAGUCAUCGGUAAUCUCGUGGUGGAAGCUGUUGUAUUUGUCUCGCUCGUUGUUUGUCGACCGCACAAAGACAAGAAGGGAGAUUGGAUCGUCAGUUUUUUGAGCGCAUGUAGGUUAGCGGUGGCAGGUUUAAUGGUUGCUUUUAUACCUUCGAUAAAGGUUGCUGCGAUACCUAGGACAGUCAUUGGGUUCAUUAUGAUCAUAUUGUUUGGUGUUCCUACUGUUAUCUUAUUUUUGGGAUUGAUAUGGAAUGCCGGCUACGGCUACCUCUGGCGUCGUCGCACUCGUCGAAUCGAAGACGGUCUCGAAGUAGAUCGUUUCGUCGCAUCUGACAAUUCAUCCCGUCAAGCUAUCCGACCU